AUCAGGAAGAAAGUUGUUACCGUAACCUUGAAAUACACUUUCAGCAUUCUUCGACUCUUCUUGUCGUCUUUCCCGACUGGUUCACCUUCCCAGGGUAGUCAGGCGACUUUUGAUUGCAAAAUGUUUUCGCACACGUCGAAGAAACGAAUUUAAGCCCACUCCAUAAACGAAGAAUUGCAACAGCAUGCGGAGCUCGAGUAUGACGGGAACACGAACAGAAAUCUACUUUGCUAUAUCGUUUGUGUUUGUCGCCACGUUUAACGCCAGUCAAGGUAAUUUAGAGGGACAUCUUGAGCCAUUAUUCUCACACGGCAAGAGGCUUGAGGUAGAAGUUUACGAUGGGUUUCCAACAGCGGAAGAAUUCUUCAGAAGAUUUGUUGAUGUUGAAAAACCUGUUCUUCUCCGCGGCGCGGCGCGACUAUUUCCAGCCUUUUCUUUAUGGAAUGACGAAUAUUUUCUUUCCUAUACCGAGAGUGAGGAACUUUUAGUUACAGUGGAAGUUGACAAAAAAGAGAAUCGUUCAGCUCCUGGGGAAGAUUUAUCAUUUGCAGACUUUGUACGCGAUAUGCACUCUUCAGGGAAAUAUAUGAUAAGUUCAGUCCCUGAAUUUUUGAGGAAGGAUAUACUUUUGCCAUUUCCAAUAGCUUGUCAUGAUAUUACACAAGGAAACCUUGUUCACGAAAUUUUGUGGUUCAGUAGUGGAGGAACCAAGUCUGUCCUUCACAAUGAUCAUGCAGAAAAUAUCAUGUGUGUGUUUAAGGGAACCAAAGAAUUCUUCUUGAUAGAUAGGGAAUAUCAGGAGCAGGUAAAUGUGACAGAACGUGGAUAUUCUGAGGUAGAUGUUGACAGGGUGGACCUGUUCAAGUAUCCAGGACUUCACAAAAUAGAACAUCACUUUGCCUUCAUUGAGCCUGGUGAUUGCCUUUAUGUUCCGUUUCUUUGGGUUCAUUAUGUGCGGUCUUAUGACCUCAACAUGGCUGUGAACAUUUGGUGGAGGCAUGGGGUAAAAGUGAACUUUAGAAACUGUGACACAGAACUGGGAACAACCAUCGAAGAUUUGACUUUUAUUGGAUUUGGAGCACUUCACGAUGCCCAGGAAAAGUUGAUCAGAAACCGUUUAUUCGAGGCAGUUAAGUUACGUGGUGACAACAUUUCACGUAAAGGACUUCAGGGGUUCUUUACACAACCAGAUGUUUUAGGCCAUGACGUGCACUGGUCGGAAGAAAUGUAUAACGUCUUGCAGAAACUCUUCAGUGUCUUGGACCGGACACAAGAUGAUAAGAUAACGUCCGACGACCUGAGUCACUUGCAUCAAGAGGAUUGGGAGCACGUUCGCGUGUUGGUAACUGAUUUGACAGAUUUAUCAAUGGCGGAAAACGACAUGAGGGAUGAAGAGAUGAUUUCUGAAGCUGAACAAUUUGGAGAAGCGAUAGAGGAUGAAUCCGAUUUACAUACGGAACUAUGACAAAAGUACUAAGUAAAAUUUUCAAUUCGAACCAGCUCUGAGAUUCAGGAAACUUUUCGCCCUAACAUAGCAUUCGUAUGCUCCACACUGUCCUCUUUACAUUCCUGUGGUACUGACAGGGAGAAUUUGUUGGACAAUCAGGAGCUUCCAAAAUCGGCGAUCAUUUUCUUUGUUCUUUUUUUAUUAUAAGAUUGAUACUGCAAGGAGAGUUAAGAGCCAGGAUCUUCUCUUAAGAGUUAAAGGAUUAAGAGUAAAUUAGGACAUAAUCAAGAAAAACUAGGUGAAUUAAUAACUUAAAAUAGCUGAUGAAUGAUUGAAUGGUAAAUGAAUGAAAAACUAAUUGCACUGAUAUCUCUAUUUAAGACAUGAUCACUGAAAUGUUUAACCCCUUAAACUUUCAGAUCUUUAUCUGAAAGAAAGAUCUUGAAAGUGCCGGAAGUAGCGCCGUUACAGUCCUUAAUAAGGUUUUGGGCCGUUUCAUUGUUGGUAGAAUUGGUGUAGAGGUGGUAAUGGUGACAUUUGUUGCAACAACCGGCAAUUCUUGUUUUGCUGUAAGGUCGUUAAAAAUGUUCUUGACAAUGUCAAGGUUAGUGUAAGUGAGAUCUUUCUCAACUUUUCCAUAAAAAGAGGUGUGAAUAAAAUGCCGCAAAGCUUCUUUUUGGUAGAGAUCAAAAUCAAAGCAAACAAAUCACUGCUCCUUACCUUACCGCAAGCCCAACAAAUGUAUGAAAAACGUUUCAGUUUCAAAGCAUCUUUACUAUUUUUAACAAACUGAAAUAUUCUCACAAAUAAUUAACCUAUAUUUUCACCCCAUGAACAUGACUCUGUUUGUAAUACCAUAGGGCUACUUUAAACUUGCAGAACUAAUCGAAAAAAAACUGUAAUAUUUUACAUAUUCAAAGCAAAUUUUGAGAUUUUCACCAUAAAAGUAAAGAAAAUUUCGCAUCUAAUUGCACAAGUAAAAUUUAAAUCUAGAGUAUCAACUUUUAUUUUAUUUUAAAUAGUGAAAAUUAACACAAUGUAAAAGUUUGAACACUAGACCUAUGCCUUCCUGACAGCCCAAGUUCGGCCUUUCAGGUACUGAUAUUGUUGAUAGCCCAUCUGCUUCUCUGGGCUAUGACAUGGCUCUCGCAUGGAGCGUUAAGCUAUUGUAAUAACCCCGAUCCAGUUUCACUUUCAGGUUGGUUAAGCUGUUCCUCUCCCGUAGCAGGCUUUUGGUCACGUUCCUUAUCAGCUUUCCUUGUGUCUCUUCCGUUAUGCAGUCUUUUGUCUCGUCAGAAUUAGACUCUUCAUUGUUAAUAUGAAAGUGAUCUUGGCAGUAGAACAUUACUUGAGCAGUAGUGAAAAUAGGGCCUGAAAAAAAAUUCAGGCCUGUAUGGGAUUUGAACCCGUGCAAA